AUGGACUUCACGACCAUUCUGAACCGAAAGAACUCUGCCGCAGCAGCUGUCGCCGCAGAAGCACAAUUACAGCAGCAAUACUUGCAGAACCAGUUUCACCAUAAUCCCGCCAUGAAGCCCGAACCGGGUGCCUCGGACAACUCCGUCGGUGCAUACCCUCCUCACGCUGUUCACCCGGGGAUGGACUCGGGGCUCGCGGAGUCCUUCUAUUACGCUCAAGCACAGGGUGCCACCCCACGAAAUAUGGCCUACAUCCCUGGCGGAUAUGCUGGCGAUGCUCAGAUGCAACCGGCGCCUGUUCCUGCGGGGAGAAGUAGUGCUGAUGCGCCACCCAAGACCUUCCACUGCUCUACUUGCAACAAAGGGUUUGCUCGACGCAGUGAUCUCGCGCGACAUGAGCGAAUCCACACUGGAAUCAGGCCCCAUGCCUGUGACUGGCCUGGCUGCGGAAAGCAGUUUAUCCAACGCUCCGCCCUGACAGUACACUCUCGAGUGCACACGGGUGAAAAGCCCCAUAUGUGUGAGCGAUGCGGCAAGCCCUUCAGCGACUCCUCGUCAUUGGCUAGGCAUCGUCGUAUCCAUUCUGGCAAGCGACCCUAUAAAUGUCCGUACGCCAACUGCCAGAAGACAUUCACGCGCCGUACGACCCUGACCCGUCACCAAAACCAUCACACCGGUACCAUCGAGGAAGCCGCUGCCGAGACUGAGGCCAAUUUGCGUCAAAACAAAGAGCGUCGUGGCCCUGGCGAAGGGAUGUUCCCGGAUCACACAUCUAUUCAGUCGGCCCCGUCCCCUGCCCAAUCCAUGUCGCCUGGUGGUGAUCUUCCCCCGCUGAACAUGCAUCGUUCGGCCAGUGAUUACUACAUGGGUAACGGGCCAAUCCCACCACAUGUACGAGGCGACUUUUCGCAAGGUAGCCCCCGUGCUUCUCCGACAGCGACUUCUCCGUCUCUCUCCAGUUACGGAAGUGCGCCUCACGCUCGUCCGGCCAUGACUUCUCACCCUUAUGCUCCCCCGCAGCCGCUGGAGCCUCCCGCGAAUAAUGACCACCGUCCGAACAGCGUCGGCGGGAGCCCGCAUAUGACCAGCCUCGGGUGGGCCUCGCCGUCUCACGGCAGUAUGCCCUCCCCGGGUUCGGCGAACGACUUCACCUACCCUGAGCCGAGCGGUCCAGCAUACCCGACCUCAAUGCCUCCUCACAUGUAUUUCCCUAACUCUACCCUCCGCCGCCCCGGCAGCACCGAGCCGGAUAACUACGAGACCAAGCCUCGAAUGGGGGAGCACAGCUGGUCUACACCCGUAUGA